GCAAUUACGCGGCCCAUUCAAUUGGUUCGAUCUACCUUUCCGACUUGUAACAACAUAUAUACUUUCUGUUUGCGCAUCUCACGCAAACCUACGAAGCUCCCAACGUCUUUCUGCACGUGAACGGCUCCUCCGUUGCGCUUACUCCUUCCAUUACAGCAACCACAUUACCCAGCAUGGAUACCCUGACAAGUUGGGCAAUCUUCAUUGCCAUCGUCGGCGCCGGCUAUUGGUAUUAUACACAGAAUAGCGGAAGUGGGAAACAAAGGGGUCGGACGCUCCAGCGUCCGGCUGCGACCAGUGCAAAGGGCGCAGAUACCAAUUGGAUUGAAGCGGAAUCCAAGUCGACAAAGUCGAAUGCCAAAUCCUCAAAGGCCAAGGCACAGGCUCCUCGCAAGUCGGUCAAGAAGGCCGUUCAAGAUGUCGGCAACAAGGUCGAGGCGUCUCUGUCGGCUGCCUCGUCUAAUGGAGGCGCAGACGCAGACGAUGAUCUCUCCCCCGUCGCCUCUCCCUCUGUGGCCACAACAUCCUCGUUCAAGGCCCCUAGCGGAAGGGAUGUCUCCGAUAUGCUUGAGUCCCGUGGUCCGGCUCCAGGCGUCAUGAGCAUCAAGGCCUCCGAGAAGCCCGCUCGCCAGAACAAGUCUCAGCCUCGUCCAGAGACUCCUCAGGAGACCAAGAAGCAGCGUCAGAACCGCAAGAAGGUUGAGGAGGCCAAGGCUCAGCGCGAGGCUGACGAGAAGCAGCGCCAGAUCUUGCUCGAACAGCAGAGGCGUACUGCUCGCGAGGCUCGCGGAGAGCCCGCCAAAAACGGUCUCCAACAGGCGCAGAUUCCCGACUCCAACGCCUGGACUACCGUUCGCUCUGGCGGCUCUUCCGCACCUGCCGUUGCCCCUGUCGCCGCAGCCCAGAAUGGAGGACUCCUCGACACCUUCGAGCCCGAGACCGCACCCAGCGCGGCCAAGAAGACCAAGGCCAAGACCUCCACCAACGGUCCUCAGUACAACGGCUUGCCUUCUGAGGAGGAGCAGGUCCGUAUGGCUAUGGAGGACUCUGCCUGGACGACUGUUGCCAAGCCCAAGAAGACGCGAAAGACCAAGGCUGCCGAUGAUGAGGGCAGCGAUUCCGGCGUCGCUCAGGAGGCUGCCUCCGUACCUGCACCUGUCUCUGCACCCGUUGCAGCUCCCGUGAAGAAGGCAGCAGUCAAGCCCGAGGCUCCUCGACAGAGCUCUCGAUACGGUCUCCUCGCGGAGCCUACAAACCAAGGCCACGAGCUUGACUCUGACUGGCCAGUCGUAUAAGCUCGCCACAUCCUCCGAAUCCUCCUCGACCCAACCCACUCCCAAUGUCAUGAGGAUUCCCCCACGAUCUGCUACUUGGUGCUCAUGGCAGGCGAGAUCCUGCGGAAGUCGGCCGGCGAUUGGGCCUCGCUUUUGACGCGGUUUCAGCGUAUUUUCAUUAAAGUUUGGGCAUUCCUUUGAGGACAGUGUUCACGAUCGUUCACGAGCAGGGGAUGGCUU